AUGACCACUGGCACCCAAACGAGUCCCCUGGUGUCUCCGAGUACGAGUUUUCAGUGGUUACCUGGAACAUACCAACGGGUAUCAGACCAGGAUUCGUCGACGGUGGGAUCGGAGUCGGACAGCUCGUCCUUAGUGGCUGUAAGCACGAGUGAAGACGAAGACGAAGGAAGGGGCAAGUCCUCCUCCAGCGAGUCCAUCUCUCGUUGCUUAGAUUCCCUGGGACCCUGCUGCAUGGAAGAGGAGUCGGGUAUUGGUACCACAUCACCCAGGACGCCAAGGCAUCAUCGAAGUGACAGCAACAGCAGCACUCCAUCCAUGGAGAGCAGCGACGAUCAGCAGAACCGCAGGUCCCGUGGAAAGCGGCAAAAGCGAUCGACGAAGCGGCAGAGGUCAUCCAAGAUUACGGACGGAGCCAGAGCGAGAGUGGAAGUGAGGGCAAGGUCACCACCCAAGGGUUUCGGUCAGGCGUUCCCCCCCCCUCCCCUCCCACCUUCACCCUCGUGCCCUGUGACACCUCGGGGUGAUUCACCGACUCCAGUGAUGAGGGCCACCACUUCCGAGACUCACCUGUUGGAGAAACCUCCUUUGCACAACAACGACCGAUCCUUCACUCAAAGUGAAAGCCACCUACAUGGGACGAGACUACGGGUGAAACGGCUCACCCUGAAUCGAUUGGGUGAUUUGAGUUCCAGCAGCACGAGCACCCUGGAGACACCGAUCGAGGAACGGGUACCACCCUUGCCACCUAGUCGGAAGUACAGCCACCCGGUGACGAAGCCACACGUAGCUGUUCGCAAGUUACCCUGCAAGUCUUCCUCUGCCCCUGUCUUGGAACGCAUCACGAAGAAGGUGUGUGUUUUUUCUCCUCCUUUCUCCUCCACACCCACGACGCCUUCGGAGAACUUAAAAUAA